AUGUGGCAUCCAGCUUGCAAGGUUACAAAGCUUUCUGCAAUUGCUGCACUUGCGUCAGUUUUGUCCAGCUUGUUUGUGUACUACAUUACAUUUUAUGCCAGCAAAGGAAGGACAAUUCCAGAAAACAAUUUCACCAAUGGUAUUUCAAACAACACUGGAAACCUGGAAAAGCGUUUACCAAAGGUAAUUAUCAUUGGUUCAGCCAAAUCAGGCACAAGGGCAUUGCUUGUUUUCCUUAAAAUACAUCCUGAUGUCAGGGCAUGCCCAUACGAGGUGCACUUCUUUGAUCGAGAUGAAAACUAUGCACUUGGGUUGGAAUGGUACAGAAAAAGAAUGCCUAAGUCAACUUCUAAUCAGGUCACCAUAGAAAAGUCUCCAGGUUACUUUGUAUCAACCAAUGUCCCAGAGCGUGUGUUCAAUAUGUCAAAAGAUGUUAAACUCUUGGUGAUUGUCCGUGAUCCAACACAAAGAGCUAUAUCAGACUAUACACAGUUAGCACUUCGGCCAAACAGUUCUCUUCCAAGGUUUGAAGACUAUGUUAUGAGGAACAAUAACAUUUUAAGCACAGAGAGGGGUGUGGUUAAAUUUGGAGUUUACAUUAGGUACCUGUGGAAUUGGAUGAAGUUUUUCCCACUUUCACAGAUCCAUUUUGUGAGUGGUGAGGAGCUUGUCAAAAAUCCAACAGCAGAAUUGAAACUUGUGGAGAGAUUUCUGACCCUGAGACCAGUGAUCAAUGAAAAUAAUUUCUACUUUGACAAGAAGAAGGGUUUUCCUUGUUUUAUUGGAAAAAUAGGUUUUGAUGGCAAGAGAAAGUCAGGCUGUUUAAAAGGCAGCAAAGGGAGAAAGCAUACUCCUGUUAGCCAACAUAUUUUAACUCGAUUGCAUAACUACUACCAGCCUUACAAUGAAGAGCUUUACAAAGUUGUAAAACGAAAUUUUCAUUGGCCACAAUCAUCAUAA